AUGAGCACACUCUCUCUCUCUCUCUCUCUCUCUCUCUCUGCGGGUUUCUAUCCCUAUCUUUCCACACUCUUUUCUCCUUUAUUUUCUUCCUCUUUCUCCUCUUCAUUACUCUUUUCUGUCUGUCUGUCUUUCUCACUGGCUUCCUCUCACAUUCCUCUUUGCAUUUUCAUCUUUAACUCUCUCUCUCUCUCUCUCUCACUUGUUUCCUUUGUGUUUCUUCUUUCUACUCUUUCUUCUUCUGUCACCCUCUCUGGCACUGUCUCUUUUAUACACUUGUCAUUCUUUUCAGUAAAACACAAGAAGCUGUGCAGAACUAUGAUCAACCAAAUUCUGAAGAGAACAAAGAACAUGAAAAGAGUGAUAUUCCUUCCCCUCUCUCUCUCUCUCUCUCUCUCUCUCUCUCUCUCUCUCAGUCUUUCUCGUUCUUUCUUUUGCCUUGUUUCUUGUUCUCUUUUUCUCUUUGUUUUUCAAUCUCAUUCUGCUUUGCUCUCUAUUACUAUUUCUCUCUCUUUCACCCAUUUUUUCUUCUUUGCCUCUUUUUCUCUCUAUUCUCUCUAUCUAUUUAUCUAUCUAUCCUCUCUUUCUCUGUAUUUGAUGUCCUUUUAUAGCAACUGUAACAACUGUCUCACCAAAAAGUAUCACCUUUCCUAUGAUUAUCUCUGUCUGUCUUCCUCUUCAUUUUUGUCACCACUCUCUCUUUUUCUUGUUUCUCUCUUUUCUUAUUGUUUCAUUUACUGCUGCUUACUCUCUCUCUAUAUAUAUAUAUUCCCUUAUCUUCUUAUCUUUCUCUUAUUUUAUCACAUUCUUUCUUCCCUAUAUUCUUAUGAUCUUUUCUUUUCUCCUUCUUAUUUCCUCUCUCUUUUGAAUCCUGUUAUUCCUCAUUUUCUCCACUCUCUCUUUCAUAAACCAUUCAUCUUCUUCUUGCUUUACUUUUUUGUUUUCCUUUUUAUUUUUUUCUCAUUCUUACUACUCCUUUUCUAUCUGUAUUUUCCAUUUUAUUGCUAUUUGUCUCUCUUUCUCUCUUGCUACUUGUCUCUCUUUCUCACUUGCUACUUGUCUCUCUUUCUCACUUGCUACUUGUCUCUCUUUCUCUCUUGCUACUUGUCUCUCUUUCUCUCUUACUACUUGUCUCUCUUUCUCACUUGCUACUUGUCUCUCUUUCUCUCUUGCUACUUGUCUCUCUCUCUCACUUGCUACUUGUCUCUCUUUCUCACUUGCUACUUGUCUCUCUCACUUGCUACUUGUCUCUCUUUCUCUCUUGCUACUUGUCUCUCUUUCUCACUUCUUUGUCUCUCUUUCUCUCUUGCUACUUGUCUCUCUUUCUCUCUUGCUACUUGUCUCUCUUUCUCUCUUGCUCUCCUCUCCCUCUUUUACUUGUCUCUCUUGCUACUUGUCUCUCUUUCUCACUUGCUACUUGUCUCUCUUUCUCUCUUGCUACUUGUCUCGCUUUCUCUGUUUGCUACUUGUCUCUCUUUCUACUUGUCUCUCUUUCUCACUUGCUCUUGUCUCUCUUUCUCUCUUGCUACUUGUCUCUCUUUUUCUCUUUCUACUUGUCUCUCUCUCUUUUUACUUGUCUCUCUUUUUUUUAUCUCUCUUUCUCACUUCUGUACUUGUCUCUCUUUCUCUCUUUUGCUACUUGUCUCUCUUUCUCUCUUACUUUGUCUCUCUUUCUCACUUGCUACUUGUCUCUCUUUCUCUCUUGCUACUUGUCUCUCUUUCUCUCUUGCUACUUGUCUCUCUCACUUGCUACUUGUCUCUCUUGCUACUUGUCUCUCUUUCUCACUUGCUACUUGUCUCUCUUUCUCUCUUGCUACUUGUCUCUCUUUCUCACUUGCUACUUGUCUCUCUUGCUACUUGUCUCUCUUUCUCACUUGCUACUUGUCUCUCUUUCUCACUUGCUACUUGUCUCUCUUUCUCAUUUGCUACUUGUCUCUCUUUCUCUCUUGCUACUUGUCUCUCUUUCUCUCUUGCUACUUGUCUCUCUCACUUGCUACUUGUCUCUCUUUCUCUCUUGCUACUUGUCUCUCCUUCUUCUCCCCAUUCUUGUUUUUAUUCAUUUUUCUUCCACUCUCUUUUUCUUCCAUCAUUCUUCCUCUUCUUCUGCUACUCUCUUUCUUCCUCCUCUGUUUUCCUCUUCCUUUCUUUCUCAUUUCACCCUAUCCCCUUACUUCAACACUCACUCCUUUCCUUCUUUAUCCAGUUUUAUUCUCUCCCUCUCUCUUUCUUUGCUCUCUACCUUUUUUCCCCACUCUUUAUUUGCAAGUAUCUAUCUACCUAGUCCUGUUCUUAUCUAUCUAUCUAUCUAUCUAUCUAUCUAUCUCUCCUUUGUAG